GCCGAGAUCUGGAGCGUUUUCAUUGCGAUUCUGCGAAAAAGCGUUCGCAAUCUGCAGGCCUGCACAGAUGUGGGACUCAUCGAGCAUGUUCUGGUGCGAUUGCAGCGCUCCGAAACGGUUGUAGCAGAUCUGCUCAUCGAGAUGCUGGGCGUAUUGGCCAGCUAUAGCAUAACGGUCAAGGAGCUGAAGCUGCUCUUUGGCACAAUGAAGGCCAACAAUGGCAAAUGGCCGCGUCACUCGGCCAAAUUGUUGAAUGUGCUGCGACAAAUGCCGCACCGCAACGGACCCGAUGUGUUCUUCAGUUUUCCCGGCCGCAAGGGAUCGGCCAUGGUGCUGCCGCCGCUGGCCAAGUGGCCAUACGAGAAUGGAUUCACCUUUACCACCUGGUUUCGACUGGAUCCCAUCAACUCGGUGAACAUUGAGCGCGAGAAGCCCUAUCUCUAUUGCUUCAAGACAUCAAAGGGCGUUGGCUAUACGGCCCACUUUGUGGGCAACUGUCUGGUCCUCACAUCCAUGAAGGUCAAGGGCAAGGGCUUUCAGCAUUGUGUCAAAUAUGAAUUCCAGCCACGCAAGUGGUAUAUGAUUGCCAUUGUGUACAUAUACAAUCGUUGGACAAAAAGCGAAAUCAAGUGCCUCGUAAAUGGACAACUGGCGUCUUCAACUGAAAUGGCCUGGUUUGUUUCCACAAACGAUCCCUUUGACAAGUGUUAUAUUGGCGCCACGCCCGAGCUGGACGAGGAGCGCGUCUUCUGCGGCCAAAUGUCGGCGAUUUAUCUGUUCAGCGAGGCGCUGACCACACAGCAGAUCUGUGCCAUGCACCGCCUGGGGCCGGGCUAUAAGUCGCAAUUCCGCUUCGAUAACGAGUGCUAUCUGAAUCUUCCGGACAAUCACAAGCGGGUGAGUCACUUUCAACUAACAAGCAGUUUGGGUGGUGCGCUGCUGGUUAGCGGCGAUGCUGCAGCAGCGAGCGGCAGUGGCAGCAACAACAACAACAAUAGCAGCAGCAACAGCAGCAGCAGCAACAACAACAACAGCGCCCAGCAACUGCAGCAACAGCAACAGCAACUGUUGCAGCUGCAAUUCCAAACGCUCGCCGCCGAGCAGGAGGCGAGCGCCAUUGAUUGGUCCGACGAGCGGCUCGAUCUGAGUGCGGCCUUUGUCAAGAUACGAGCGGUGCUUACCGCACGCAAUGCUGUUGCCUUGGCCUCGCUAACGGGCGCUGCAGCAGCAACAGCAACAGCAGCAGCAGCAGCAACGGCAACGGCAACGGCAGCUGUUGCCGCCGCAGCAGCUGCAGCGGUAAACGCCCCUGGCACGCCCAACGAUGGCAGCAGUAGCAACACCGAGCAGCAGCAGCAACAACAAUCAAACAACAGCAACAACAACAACAACAACAGCAACAGUAGCAACAAUCACAGUGCGGAUGAUCCGCUUGGCCAUUUGCCCACUGGAAAUGCUUCUUUUGACCAGCUGCGUCGCAUGUCCAGCUUGACCAGCCUGAGCUCCAUGGGCGUGGCCGGCGCCGCUGCCAUCGCCGGCGACACUGAGGAGAUCAACCAGCUCAAAGCUGUGCUGUACGAUGGCAAACUAUCGAAUGCCAUUGUCUUCAUGUACAAUCCGGUGGCAACCGAUGGUCAACUUUGUUUGCAGUCUUCCCCCAAAGGAAAUGUUUCAUAUUUUGUACACACACCGCACGCGCUGAUGCUGCAGGACGUCAAGGCGGUCGUCACGCAUUCCAUCCACUGCACACUCAACUCGAUUGGCGGCAUUCAGGUGCUGUUUCCGCUCUUCUCUCAGCUGGACAUGGCGCACGAGGGCAUAAGCGAUAUCAAGCGAGAUCCGACGCUCUGCUCAAAGCUUUUGGGCUUCAUCUGCGAACUGGUGGAGACAUCGCAGACCGUGCAACAGCACAUGAUACAGAAUCGAGGCUUUCUGGUGAUAUCCUUUAUGCUGCAGCGAUCGUCGCGCGAACAUCUGACACUGGAGGUACUGGGCUCGUUUCUCAAUCUGACCAAGUAUCUGGUCACGUGUCUGUCGGCCAACAGCGAUCUGCUGCUCAAGCAGUUGAACACGGGCCUGCGUAAUCCUUUCAAAAAAUUCUACCAGUUGUUCUGUUUCUCGUUUCUCACGUGGCAGCUGCUCGACCACGUGCUCUUCAAUCCGGCCCUGUGGAUCUAUACGCCAGCCAAUGUACAGGCACGCCUCUACUCGUACCUGGCCACCGAGUUCCUCAGCGACACUCAGAUCUACAGCAAUGUACGGCGCGUCAGCACCGUUCUCCAGACAGUUCAUACACUCAAGUAUUACUAUUGGGUUGUCAAUCCGCGUGCCAAGAGCGGCAUCAUACCAAAGGGUUUGGAUGGCCCGCGACCGGCCCAGAAGGACAUCUUGGCCAUACGCGCCUACAUCCUGCUGUUUCUCAAGCAGCUCAUUAUGAUCGGCAAUGGCGUCAAGGAGGAUGAAUUGCAAAGCAUUCUGAACUAUCUGACCACCAUGCAUGAGGACGAGAAUCUGCACGAUGUACUGCAGAUGCUCAUCUCGCUGAUGUCGGAGCACCCCAGCUCAAUGGUACCUGCAUUCGAUGUAAAGCACGGCGUGCGCAGCAUCUUCAAGCUGUUGGCGGCCGAAAGUCAAUUGAUACGCCUCCAGGCGCUGAAGCUGCUCGGCUUCUUCCUCUCGCGCAGCACACACAAGUGUAGACGUAAGUACGAUGUCAUGUCGCCGCACAAUUUGUACACGUUAUUAGCGGAGCGUCUGCUGCUGUACGAGGAGUCAUUGUCGCUGCCCACAUACAAUGUGCUCUUCGAAAUUAUGACCGAGCACAUAUCACAGCAGAUACUGUACACACGCCAUCCGGAGCCCGAGGGCCAUUACCGUCUGGAAAAUCCAAUGAUACUGAAGGUGGUCGCCACGCUGAUACGCCAGUCGAAGCAGACCGAGUCCCUGAUCGAGGUGAAGAAGCUCUUUCUGCAGGACAUGACGCUGCUGUGCAAUAGCAAUCGGGAGAAUCGUCGCACCGUACUCCAGAUGUCCGUCUGGCAGGAGUGGCUCAUUGCCAUGGCCUACAUCCACCCGAAGAACACCGAGGAGCAGAAGAUCAGCGACAUGGUCUACUCGCUGUUCCGCAUGCUGCUGCACCAUGCCAUCAAGCACGAGUACGGCGGCUGGCGCGUCUGGGUGGACACCCUGGCCAUCGUCCACUCGAAGGUCUCCUACGAGGAGUUCAAGCUGCAGUUCGCCCAGAUGUACGAGCACUACGAGCGACAGCGCACCGACAACAUCACCGAUCCCGCCCUGCGUCAAGCCCGACCCAUCAGCACCAUCAGCGGCUGGGAGCGCGAGGAGCUGCAGCAGCAGCAGAACGGCCCGGUUGCCUCUCAGCAACAGCAACAGCAGCAGCAGCAGCAGCAGCAGCAACAGUUGCAGCAACAGCAGCUGCCGGCUAUAAAGAGCGCCGUGUCUGUGGCCUCGCUGGAGGAUGUGCCGCCCGUCGAGGAGGAGGCCGAGGAGCUGGAGCUGGAGAGCGCCGAUGUCGACGCACAGGAGCUGCAGCUGAGCGAAGAAGCGGCCGCAACGCCCGCCGACUCCUGCGCCUGCGCAGCCAACGGGCAGCCAGCCGACGCGACUCCCGUGGAGGCGACUGAGCAGCAGGAGCCGGUCAACAAGUCGGUGAUUGCCAACAUUUCGGACGUGUACAAUGAGCAAAUCAAAACGGAUGAGGCGCUGCAAAGCGCUCCGGCAGCGGCGGCGGCGGCCACGUGCAACGGCAGUCUGAGCCCCAGUCCGCCGGAGGAGAAGCAGCAGGAGGCCGGACAGCAGGCAGCUGUCGGUGGCCAGGCGGCGCUCAAGAAGACGCUGCAGAUAGAGGAGGACCUGGAGGAGCUGGAGCUGGCGACGGCCAAGGAUGCGCUCGAUGUGGAGCGGCAUGUGGCCCAGGUGCUGCAGGUGUCGGAGGCAGCAUUGAAUGACUGCAAAAUGGUCGUGGACGAUGUGCUGCAGGAGUCCUCGUCGGUGCUGAAGGACGAGGAGAUCGAGCUGGCCGUCAACGAGGUGGUGCAGGGUGUGCUCAAGAGCGAGAAGAAGACGCCGGCACAGGACAAUGUGAGUCUGCUCAACAGCAAGAAUCUUCUGAACAGCAACAACAACAACAACAAUAACACCACCAGCGAGCCAAAGCAGCUGCAGCAGCAGCAGGAGAAGGAGAAGGAGACCAAAGCGACGGAAGCCGAGGUGAAUGCUAAUGAAAUAAACAGCGACGAGUCAACAACAACAGCCACAACAGCGCAGCUGGAGAAGAGAGAUGGCCCAGAGGGCUCCGAGCAGCAGCAGCAGCAGCAGGAGCAGGAGCAGGAGUCGUUGAACACAGCAGCAACCACCAAUCAAAAGACUGAAGAUGCGGCCAACAAGCUGAACAACAACGAGAAACUGGAGCUCAGCAACAGCUCCAGCCCCAGCUCCAGUGCCAGCGCCAGCGCCAGCGCCAGCGCCAGCUCCAACUUCAGCUCCAGCCAAAUGCCAGCAGCAGCCAGUGUCGAGCAGGAGCUGAGCUCAAUGCUGAGCAGCGAGGAGCUAACGGAGUCGACGGCAAAGGCGGGCCUGGUGACCGCAGAGCCCGAGCUGGCUGACACGACGGAGGAUGUGGUGGCCACAGCGGUGCGCGACAUUGUUGAGCAGCUCAUCGACAAGGUAAUCGAUGCAGCCGAGGCGGAAACCAAAGCCGCAGCCGCAGUCGCAGUCGCAGCUGAAACCACAACCGGCACCGAUAUCGAAAGCGAAACCAAAACCAAAACCCAGACCGAGACCGAGACAGAGGCAGAGGCAGAGGCACAGACAGUAGCUGAAACUGAAACCAACAACAAUGAGGUGCAGAAGGAAACCACAAAGCAGGCAGCCGCAGAGGCCGAGAGCAAGUCCGGGCCCGCGACAGAGAAAGAGACAGAGACAAAGUCAGAGACAGAGACAGAGACAGCGCCAGCAACAGAGACAGAGAAAGAUGUCGAAGAGGAGCAGGAGGCAAGCUUAGCCGCCGCCGCCGCUGAGGAAAUAGUUCAUGAGGUGGUCGAAGCGGCGCUCGAUCUGGCCGAGGCACAAGCACAGCCCCUGGCAUCCGUGGAGGAUCAAGUGCCGGCCAUUGUCGAUGCUGUGCUGGACACUCUAGUGGAUGAGACCGUCAAGGCCGUGGCCUCCGAGCAGACCACACAGACCUCACCAACGCCCGAGGAGCAGCCGGCGCACAUUGAGCCGCUGGCCAAGUCCGAGGAGUCGGCACCGAUUGCGUUGCGCUCCAAGCCCAACGAGGUGGACUCUACGACGCAAACCACGCCCAAGAUCGAGGCGGAUACACACAAGGGCCUCGAGGAGCUGCCCGGAGCCGAAGCCGAUGCGGAUGCCGACGCCGAUGCCGAUGCGGAUGCGGAUGCCGAUGCGGAUGCGGAAGCCGAGGCCGACAUCGAAGACGAUGCCCAGGACACAACCAACGCCGACGACGACGACUACGCCGUACAGCAGUCGCAGCCGGCAGCAGCGGCGUCUGCAGUCAGUGCAGAGGGCGCCGCUCCGAUGGAGGGCAAUCAUUAUGCUGCGGGCGGCACAGCCGGCGUGGAGGGUGGCAAGCAGCAACGGUCCAAGUCCGGCUCGACUCGGCCCAUGUUCAGUCCGGGACCGACCCGUCCGCCGUUCCGCAUACCGGAGUUCAAGUGGUCCUACAUACACCAGCGCCUGCUGAGCGAUGUGCUCUUCUCCCUGGAGACCGACAUCCAGGUGUGGCGCAGUCACUCCACCAAGAGCGUCCUCGACUUUGUCAACUCGAGCGAGAACGCCAUCUUUGUGGUCAACACGGUGCAUCUGAUCUCCCAGCUGGCUGAUAAUCUGAUCAUUGCCUGCGGCGGACUCCUGCCGCUGCUGGCCAGCGCCACAUCGCCCAAUUCCGAGCUGGAUGUGCUGGAGCCGACACAGGGCAUGCCACUGGAGGUGGCCGUGUCCUUCUUGCAGCGCCUGGUCAACAUGGCCGACGUCCUGAUCUUUGCCACCUCGCUGAACUUUGGCGAGCUGGAGGCCGAGAAGAACAUGUCCAGCGGCGGCAUCCUGCGCCAGUGCCUGCGCCUCGUCUGCACCUGCGCCGUGCGCAACUGCCUCGAGUGCAAGGAGCGCACGCGCUACAACGUGGGCGCACUGGCGCGCGAUGUGCCCGGCGCGGCGCACCUGCAGGCGCUCAUACGCGGCGCUCAGGCAUCGCCAAAGAACAUUGUGGAGUCAAUCACCGGUCAAUUAUCCCCCGUCAAGGAUCCUGAGAAGUUGCUCCAGGACAUGGACGUCAAUCGCCUAAGGGCCGUCAUCUAUCGCGAUGUGGAGGAGACGAAACAAGCGCAAUUCCUAUCGCUGGCCAUCGUUUAUUUCAUUUCGGUGCUGAUGGUAUCCAAAUAUCGGGACAUUUUGGAGCCACCCGCAGAGCCUCAGAUUCAACGUCAAUCCCCGGUGCUGCAGCGCAGCGCGGGCAGCGAAGCCGCCAGCGCGCGUCCCUUGUUCCCGCAAUGGUCGCAUCACGUCUAUCCGCAAUUUCUGCCCGAGUCGCAUCAAAAUCACGUGAGCAACGUCUCAAUACAACAGCAGCAGCAACAGCAACAGCAGCAGCAGCAGCAGCAACACUAUUAUCAGCAACAUCAGCCACACAAUCACAGCCAUCAUCACAUGACCGCUGCCUACUAUCAACAUCAGCAACACCAGCAGCAACAGCAACACCAGCAACAGCAACAGCAGCAACAGCAGCAGCAACAGCAGCAGUUGGGCAAUAUAUCGCCGCCUCCUCCGCUGGGCGGCACACACUCGACGAGCUCCUCAGCCAGCUCGACGGCCACGUCGCAGCCGGCGUCCAGCUCGUCGCUGUCCUCGCUGGCCUCGCAGAGCCAGCAACAGGUGCCGGCCGCAGCAACACUGCAACAUCGUCAACAGCUGCACAAGCAGCAGCAGCAACAUUUCCAUGCCCAUCAGCCGCACUAUGCGCUGAUCAAUGGCCACCAGCAACAGCAGCAGCAGCAACAGCAGCAGCAGCAGCAGCAACUGCUUAAUGGCAAGCACAACCACUAUGGCGGCCAGGUGGAGAAUGGCACCACUGUGGGCGGUGGCUAUCAUGCGCAUCCACAUGCCUAUAUGCGUGGCAUGCAGCUGAAUGGGGAGCAGCAGCAGCAACAGCAGCAGCACAGCAACAGCAACAACAGUAACAGCAGCAACAACUUGCGCAACAAUUUGCGCAAUGGCGGAGCAGCAACAGCUGCUGCUGCUACUGCUGCUGCCGCUGGCGGCAACAUGGGCAUGGGCAUGGGCAUGGGUAUGAAUAUGAGCAUGGGCGUGGGCGUGGGCGUGGGCGUAGGCAUGAACAUGAACAUGAACAUGAGCGGCUUGGGAUUGAGCGAUGGCGGCAGCGGCAGCGGCAGCGGCGGCGGUGUCGGCGUCGGCGUCGGCGGCGCUGCAUACAAAACGAAUGCCAUCAAUAACAAUUAUCGCUACAAUGGACGCAACGCAAACGUAGCUGGCACCGGAACAGGUAUCGCUCGCUAUGAGUGUCGUAGUAUGUAGUCUAAUUCACGCUCU